GGAAAGAGGCAAGCCACUGGAACGAGAAAGAGGAAGCGGGGUGUGUGGAGGGCAAGGAAGAAGAUCGUGAAGCUGCGGAGAUGUCCUCGCCAGUGCCUCCUGAGACGGGUGGUGCUUACAUCUACGAUGCCAGCACGUUCUUGAAAGGAUUGAGAUCAAUCUCCUUGAGGAAUCUGUCCUUCAGGAGCGGUCCGGCAGCAGCGGCCGUGGGGUCCGGGAUUGGAAGUGGGCGGGCCAAUGGCGAGCGCGAUUCUGCUUCAGUCACGAACGCAAGCCUCCGCAGCUUGCAGGCGGUCCUCAUGAUGAACGAUGCAUCAGCUUCGCCAGCAGGCGCGUCAGCCUCCGAAGCGACCGAUGGUGUAUACGGCCACCAUGACCCACCGGUGGUAGCAGCUACAACACCAAUAGCAGGAGGUGGUACAUGGGCUGUUGACGGCGCGACGACGGGCGCCGGUGGUUUUUGUGGUAGGGGGAAGGUGUUGCUGACCACGGAGGUUUCGCAGCCCACCGUUAACCCCACUUGGCCCGUUCCUGAGGCGUCUUGGCUGCACGCGGAUGCCCAGGUGGAAGAUCUGGACGGCACGCGCCUACUCUUGCUGCGGGUCUUUGCCGUUGACCCGGACUCUGCGAGCGCCCGAGAUCCUUCGCCCCCAAGGCAGUCACCGGCACCACCACCUGCUCAAGCCUCGGGGCAUACCGCGGUCGAUGCCGCAGCAAGGGCAAGGGAUGGCACGGCGACCCUCGGGCCAGUGGUGUGGGAGUGCACGAUAGACGUCAAAGGGUUAACGGCACUGCCGGUCGGAUCGAGGCUGUCCCACUUGUGGGCGCUGCCCGCGGACUGUUUGCUUGUAGAGAUGUCUAACGGGGGCCUCUACGCCGCAGACUGGGUAGUCCAAGCGCUGUCGAGCAACUCGGCCCUCCCUGAGGCCGUGGCGGGGGGUAGGACCCGGGGCGGCGGCGGCGGCGGGGGCGACGCAUGGCGAGACGAUUCUGACAAGGAAGACGAUGAGGACCAAGAGCCCCUGGACGAGAUGCUGCGACGAGUGCUGGUGUUGGAGGCCGAGGCGGAGAGAGGAAGGGUAGAACUAGCCGCUCAGUUGGAGAAGGCAGCACCCGGCGACAGAAAGCACUGCGCUGCGGCUGAAAGCGCGUGCGCCAUGGACACCCUGAGGUUGGAAUUAUCCAAUCAGCAGGAGUUGCUAGAGGCAGAGGAGGCGUCUUUUUUGAGGGAGAAACGGUACCUGGAGGCCGAGACAUUGGCGGUCGAGGAGCUCCUUAAAGGGAUAGCCGAAGCCGAAGAAGCUGCAAUCGAAGACGGCCGACAGCUAGAGUCGGAGCAGAGGGAAACCUUCAAGAGCCACGUAUUGUUGGAGGCGAGGAGGGCGAGGUUAACAGCUGAGCUACAGGCCAUCUACCCCAUUAAGUACCAGGGCAGCCUCAAAGAGUUUACCAUUCGAGGGCUUGAGCUUCCGGCCGACUUGUACAGCAUCGACGACGAAAGGAUCUCAUCCGCACUGGGCUAUACUGCCCACCUGGUCUGCAUGCUGGCCAAGUACCUCCAGAUUUCUCUGCGGUAUCAGGUCAUCUACAAUGCAUCGAGGUCUGCCGUCCGAGACAACGUCACCGGGGUUGGCGUAGCCUACCCGCUGUUUAGGAGAGGGGUAGAGAAGGAGAGGUUUGACCGCGGCGUGUAUCUGCUCGGGCGAGACGUGGAGCAGAUGUUGACGGCCAGAGGGGUGCCGGCGAAGAGAGGCAGCGGCCAACUGCUGCGAAACCUGGAGCGCCUCAUGUCGAUCGACGGAGCGUAGGCUUGGGGUCUGGUCUGUUGCAGUGCACGGAUGGGAAUUGGUGUUGCGUUGUUGGCUCGGAGUGGUGUUCCUACUUCGAGAAUGGUCGCGUACCAAGAAGGCCAUCCCGCAGAAGAUGCGCAAACUACCCAUCCAGUGGCACGGAUAAGCACAUUCGUACGUUUCCCGUCAAUGGUUUCCGUUGUCGGCGUCAGUCACACGAGGUGUCGAACGCACGAGGUCAUCAAGUUUUCCCUCUUGCGAAGAAAUCGAGAGGGUGAUUGUCCUCCGUAGCAAGGUGAACAGCAGCCAGGAAUAAUCGUUCUUGGGAUGUGUUGUCGAAGGACGUGAGAAUGAGACUCGUCUACGCCAGCUAUUCGGGAUCAGCAUUCUGUUGUCGAAAAUGAGCACACUUCGGCACAGGGAACCCGCCCCCCCAAACAUAUACGCGCAAUUUACGCCUCGGUGGUUAGCAUUUCUGGGGUGAAAUUAAACGGUUCAUUAGCGGAGGUUUCACUCUUCAUUUGAGGCGAGGAAUAGCCAAGCGUGGCCGAAGUUACCCAAGCGUGCUAGUUUUAAGAAAAGUGGAAGCGUGAGAGAGGGGAACUUUGUGGGCAUCGCCACAUCUCCAACUCCGAAACGCCAUCCGAGAUUCACCUGAACGAUCACUGCGCUACCUUCCGAGCAGAUGGCACACUCCCUACAUUUAGACCGAAUUUCAAAACUCGAUUUGCUCCACGAGCAAGAAUAGGCUAACACCAAAAGUCUAAUCGUGGUUUUCGCGACAUCUCGUCGAGGUCUGUCCGUAGACUUUCGAGCGCUUUCCGCACUCACUUGGUUGUGGGGCAACCGAGCUUUGAAGAUCGGUCUAAUGUAGGGGGGGUACCAUCUCUCCGCCUCUUUCGGCAAUCGGUGAAUCCUUCUUCGUAAACACCCCCCGGGACGGCACUCUGUAGAACACUGUUCUCGCCAGAUCUGGCUGGUCGCAUGUGUGUGCGUUCCUACAGUACUGUACCCCUACUGUAUUUAGAUACAUAUCUAUUGUACUUCGCCCCCCCCCCUUCCGCUCUCUUUCACUGCUGUUCAGGAUAUGCAACAUUACAGCUUCGGAGUGAAAAGUGUAUCACCCGAAGGAAUACAAGGUAGCAACUGGCCGGCUAUAUUAUCACAACCGCGCAUGCUGUAUGUUCUUUCUUCACCUGUCGUACCCAAGUAGAAAAGCGCCCAAGUAGAUGGGGCGGGCACGCACAGACUCUCACAUGACGCCCGGUCAAAGGGUCCCCGAUCGUGGCCAAUUGAAGCAUUUGAUCUUUUUCACCGCACUGAGACUGACGUCUUUUCAUUGGUCAGCCGGUCAGCACGGUCGAUGCAAAUAUUAAAGACACACGCGGCCUCGUCACGACCCUCACGGGCGGGCAGGCUAAGAACACAUAGGUGGCACAAUCUAUCUCACAGCCUACAUCUGGCAGACAGUGCCCUCGACCCUUCGACGGCGGUGGUAUCUCCUUCUCUCACGGAAUCACAAAUCUAUUGUUUGGACAACCGGCGUACAACCUGGAUUUCCUGCUACUACUACACAGCAGUACAGUAGUACUACUGCGGCGGCUGCGGAUACUGGAUUCCUGGACGUGUUCACCUGAAGGAAAAGCCAAGAGAACCUGCGAGCAGGACUUGACUCCCUCGUGACUUCCUAGUGGCUCGCUAGGUUCGGACGAGGGUAUGUGUGGAGCUAUGGCAGUCUAUGUAUUGAUGUUUUGUUUGAUUCAUCUAGCUGCUGGCACGAUGACUGUUGAAUCUUGGGAGUGUACGAUCAUCAAAUUGGGAGAUGCAGCAUACCACGAUAUCCUGGCUUCGGCUGGGCUUGAAAUAACCCUUUUGCUGUACUCCGCUCUUUGCAUCAGUGGCUUCCUAGAUUCGAGCGAAUGCAUUUGUGUAGCUGAGAUGUGUGUCUACGUGAAAGAACAUGUGGAGAGAGUCGUAUUGGCAUUCGCAUCAAGCGCAUUGCGCAUUUUUCGAAUUUUGGCCCCCUUCCAGGGACCUUGAUUUUUACCCGCUGGCACUGACGUCUUUUAAUUGGUCAGCCGGUUAGCG